AGAGUUCUUAAUUUAGCAGACACAGAUGUGACUGACAUUGGUAUAUCAAGUUUAUGUCAUGACAUGAGGGUGUCUAAGAAAACACAUAUAUCAAGAUCUCUGCUGAAGAUGGAUCUAUAUGGAACAGUGGUAACUCCUAAAGGGAUUCAGUGUGCCUUGAUUAAUAUGCCAAAUUUAAAGGAGAUUGUGCAUUCUACUGUGUUAUUUUCUGUAUCAAAGUUAGUUGAAAGUAGACAGAGAAUGGCUGAGGAAGCAUCAGUCCUUGGUGGUGUCAUACCAGAGUUGGGGCCCCUGCAGCUACGGGCCUUGCAGAGCGAUGAAUUUGGCAGUGGAGCAUAUGGGGUCUUUGCAGAUGGAGAACACAUUGCCUCGGCCUUGAAGCAUCAUGGAGAGAGCUUACGACGUCUGCAUUUACAUAAUGUGCAGAAAGUUAAUGUAGAACUUAUAGGCCAUUUAUGCCCAGAACUGCACACUCUGGAGCUUGAUGGAAAUAAUACCUACUGUCAUAGUAACCUUGUAUCCAAAGAGUUCAAAAACAAAAAGGUCAAGCCAAAGUUCAGUCACCUCAAGAGUGUCAUCUUGAGCCGUGUUCCAAGUGAUAUCGUAGAAUCUAUAGAGUUCCAGAUCCCAGCAGAGUCCCUGAGACUAACACUUGGAUCCCCUCUGUUGGAAAAGGUUUCUGUGAUGGGUCAGGACUUUCUCACCAAUGAAAUUCUUUUAGACAUUAUGCAUACCACAAAACUUCCCCAUCUUGGUUUUCUUAGUUUUACACUCUGCAAUAACAUAGACAGUGCCCCAAUUUGGACAUUACUUCAUCUGAAUAACCCACUUUCUGAGCUAAAUCUUAUUGAUUGUCAAGAGAUAACAUUUGGUGAUUAUAAUGGGUUCAAGAAGUAUGUGAAGAAAAACAAACUUACAUUAAAAAUUUCAUGGGCAUGAUGUGCUUACUAAUGAAAAAUGUGUGUAAGUGAACAAUAGCAGAAAUUAUCAUGUAGAAAGGAGAAGACAACAUACCCUUUCUAUGAAAAUCGACAAGUGAAAAGAGUGGUGAUAGUAAGAUAAACAGAUUUUAAUAUUCUUUUAUAGAAAAUUGGCAUUUGUGAAUUUUUUUGUUAUUAAUAUUUAUUUUGUUAUUAAUAAGAGAUGUGAUUGUACAGAAUAUUGAUUAAAUCACAAGGAUAAAUAUAUUUACUCGCACUUGCAGUCACAUUCAUACUCAUCAUCAUAUUUCUGCUCAGACUCCUAAACUUUGA